CAUGCGCAGAAGAUUAUCUGCUUCCUGUUUCUUCUUUUCCCUCUUUUUCGUGUGUGAGAGAGUUCAGUGUUUCUCUCUGUUACCCUUGUAAGUUCUAACUUCACCUUCUGUCACCAUUUAUCAUGUUCCACUUCUACUUCUUCUUCUUCACACUCCCUCCCUUCUUUGUUUCGAAAUUUUGAAAGGAUUGCUCUUUUCUUGGGUUAUACUCUUGGGGACUUUUUGUUCAAGUUUGGAGACAAUGAUUGUGUGUUGACGCUCUUUGGGUUUUCUUUUCUUCACUUCACUACUUCAUAUUGCAGGGCUCUAGUUUGUCGAUGGGGCAAGAAUUGGAGUUGGAUCUGAAUGACAAGUUUUUUGUGGUUCUAAGUCCAGAUACUGUUCUUCCAUCUCAUCAAUAUUGUUUGAAUGAGAAGAAAAUAUGUAAAAAUGGGAAGCCCUCUGGGAAAGAUGAUUUUUUGAAACUGAAGGAGAAUUUUGCUGAUAUCAAAUUUGGUAGAUUGCUCAAUUCUUCAUGGAAGAGCCUUCCCUGUAGAUCUCAUGGACUGGAAGGUAAUGUAGAAAUGAAACGAAGUUCCAUGUAUCAGAGUUCAGAGCAAGUAAUAAAUAUAAAGAAAAUGGGAACCAUGAGGGGAAGGAAAAAAAUAGAAAUUUCAUCUAGGAGUAGUGAUGCCUCUUUUUCAGGUAGUGUUGUUGAUUCUCUAUGUUGUUCGGAUGAUGAUGAGAGACCUUCAGUAGUAUCUCAGGACUCAAAUUUAGGUUCAUCUCCAUCUGUUUCUGGUUCCUGGCCUUGUAUGGAGCAUGACAAUUCAAAUGGCUAUAUUGAAUUUUGCAUUAAUUCAGAUGUUUGGGAUGAAAAAUAUGGUGCAGUAAAAGGGUUUGGUUCUAUAAAUACUGAGAUCAGAAAUGACAAGGUUGCUGGUUCACUAACUGAUGGUAAUUGUCUUCUUCAGAAAGACACAGUUCAUGGAUUACAAAAGUCACUCUCUGCUAUGGUUGAAAUCUCUCACCUACAAUCUCCAUCAGAGAGUUACUGCUCACCAAGAUCAAGUCCAAGAGUCUCAUUCACCUCUAUCAGGAAAAAGUUAAAUCCGUUCACAAACUCAAAAUCUGUGACAAGCCCUGUGAGUUGUGUGCUGGAAACUACUGAGGUCAAAUUAACUGGAACUAGAAAUGGCACAAGAAACAGGACUUAUCAGAGAUCUUUGCUGAAUGACUUCUCUAACACGAGGAAGCAUUCUGAGAUUAUUUCUGAGUUUAUCAAUAGAGAUAUCCAGUUUUCAGGUCUAUCAUGUUCACCAGUUCAUCUUCAUGGCAAUCUCAAGUUGAAAAAGCAACAAGGACAUCUAUUUUUUGAGUUUAAGGUAAAGUGUCCUGAAGAUGUCUUUGUGGCAAAGACAUGGAAAUCAGGCAAUGCUUUCAAUUGGAUGUAUACCUUUCACUCAAUGGAUAACAGAAAGAAAAGUACUUCUACUGCCACUGACUUGGCAUCACGUUAUAGUGACAAAGACUCAUCAAUGGUAGCACAAAUGCUAGUUUCCUCUAAUUUAUGUUCCAAAUUAGAAGGUGGAGUGUUUGCCAACUCUAUGGUGACAACAUUUGUGUUGUAUGAUCUUAGACACUCAAGAAAAAGUGUUUCACCUGAAAAAAAGUCUUGCAGCGAGCAACAUUGUUCUAAAACUCUAAAUGCUUCCCGUGUAGGAAUGAAGGGAGAAACUUUCAGGCCAGAUGAAGAGUCUUUGACAACUAAAAACAAGCUUCCAUCAGGCAAUACAGAUUUUGAUAAUUCUAAUUCUUAUCCUUUGGCUUCCACAGAAUUGCAUUCAAACCCUGAAAUUGCUGCAGUUGUUUUACAAAUUCCAUUUCACAAGAGAGAGAGCUUGAAAUACAAAAGAAGGGGUGGAAUAAAUGCUGAAGCAUAUUCCAAACUAAGUGAACUCUCUUCAGCAGUAGAACAGGUGAAGGUGGUACUACCAACUGGCAACCAUGUUUUGCCAGGUGCUGAAAGCCAGGGUCCCUCAUCAUUACUAGAUAGAUGGAAACAUGGUGGAGGUUGUGAUUGUGGUGGCUGGGACAUGGCCUGUCCCCUUAUUCUUUUAGGCAAUCCCAGUGUUCAAUUUACUGAAGAUCGACCUCUUAUGGAGGAAUGUCAAACGCUGGAACUUUUCACUCAGGGUGCCAAGGAGAGAACUCCAACCUUUGGCAUGACUAUGGUUGAAGAGGGGCAAUAUGCAGUUGAUUUCCAUGCACAAUUAUGCCCAUUACAAGCUUUCUCCAUUUGUGUGGCCAUUUUACAUGGUGCGGGGCAGGAGAAAAAACAACAGAUAUCUCGAUGCAAUUCAUUGAAAAUGCUUCUUGAGGAGGAGGUACAGUUAUUUAUCAACUCAGUCACGAAAGAAGAGAAUAGGACUGUGCCAAAGAUUCAGAAGGGAAUUAAUCUACCCUAUGUGCUAAACCCACCUUUUUCUCCUAUUGCACGAGUAUAAAGUGUAGUGUCCAUACUUUGUAACACCAAAUAGAACAGAAUUUUGUCUAUAUUGUAAUUGGAUAAUCUUAGGGAAAGGGACAAAAGAGAUUAUAGGAAAUGAUUUUAUUCUGAAUUCCAGUC